CACCCUAUCAACGGUCGAAUUGUGUCGACAGAGAAUAGAGAUGAGGAAGCGACAAGAGAAAAAGGGAAUUGAGUGUCGCCCGGAAACCCUAAAUCAAAAUCCAAUUAAAGAAGAAGAAAUUGAAAAGAAAGGCGAAGUAGGAGAAGGGUUCUUUGCUUGCUAUCUUUUAACUUCUCUCAGCCCCCGUUACAAGGGUCACACCUACAUUGGAUUCACUGUGAAUCCAAGGCGUCGAAUAAGGCAGCAUAAUGGUGAAAUAACAUGUGGUGCUUUUAGAACGAAGAGGAGACGCCCUUGGGAGAUGGUUUUAUGCAUUUAUGGCUUCCCAACAAAUGUGUCUGCUCUUCAGUUUGAGUGGGCCUGGCAGCAUCCAGCAGAAUCACUAGCUGUGAGGCAGGCAGCAGCAACUUUUAAAUCCUUCUCUGGAGUUGCUAAUAAAAUUAAACUCGCAUACACAAUGCUCAACCUCCCUAACUGGCAGAGCCUGACUAUCACUGUAAAUUAUUUUUCAACGAAAUACUCGAAACAUGCUGCUAGUUGCCCAAGCCUUCCAGAUCAUAUGGAGGUCCAAGUUUGUUCCAUGGAUGAUCUUCCCUGCUACACUAGAAGAGAUGAGAGUUUAUUUGGGGAUGAAGGUGGUUGGGGUGAUGAAGAUUGUGAUGAAACUAGUGACAACAGUGGAAGUUUAGGGGAAACAUCUACAGAUAAAUCUAUCAAUGCCUCAUCAGAUUUUUUACUUGCCAAUGAAGAGGCUUUCUGUGAACGAUUUGCACAGGUUAAACAGUAUGGAGAGGUGCUAGCAAGAGACUCUUCAAGUCAAGGGGUAGAUUGUCAGCAGUCUCUUGGUUUGAUCAAUUUACAAACUGCAUUAACAUCUUCAGUGGUUACCAACAUUCCUUCUACAGCAACAAUUCAAGGGUGUAGAAAUGAGUUGGGUCUGCAAAGAAGUGAACAAUUCAUUACUGCAGUGGAUGCUGAUGAAAAUCAGCAACCAUGCCUGUGGGAGAAGCAAUUUAAAACUACUGAAGUUACUAAUAAAGAUCAGCAAACAGUCCAGAGUUCUCAUGCCUCUCAGAACGUUGAGGUUAUAGAUUUGCUGACACCAUCACCUAGCUGCAGAGUUAGGUCAUGUGGCAAGAAGAGAAGAGUUUCUAGUUUGUCUCCUGUGAUCAUUGACUUGACUUAAGCCUACUUCCCAGUAGCAUAAAAUAAAUAGAUAACAGAAUAAAUUAGCAAAGAAGAAUGAUGAUGAAAAUGUUGUACUAUUGUAUUUAGUGUUUCUCCUGUAUUCAAGUCCCUGGCUUCCAGUUCUGUGCAAUAAUUUUAUUUUGGACACACUGCAAACAAAAAUGAAAUUUUUCAUUGCAUCCUGAAGAUGUUUGUUGCCUGGAAAGGCUUUUUCAUAAUAAUAAAUGUCUCUUCCCCCAUGGUCUCAUGAGGGUUUUGAGUCA